UGUUUUAAAAAAAAUAAAAAAAAUAUAACUUUACUCCCAUAAUAUUUUUACUUUAUUCUCGUAAUAUUUGAACUUUUUUCCCCACUCUAAUUUUCUAAAAAUUACAACUUUAUUUGUUUUGUUUGUUUCUCAUAAUAUUGCGUCUUUUUGCUUUAAUAUUUCAACUCGAUGCUACUUGUUGAUUGAAUAAGCAAUGUAACAACAAAACACCUGUCAGUUACAUGUUCCAAUACUUUUGUUCACAUGAAAAAUGGAUGGGCUGAAACCAAGGUGGAAUAAACCACGUGACUAACUGAUUUCUAACAUAGUUCGUCAAAAGAAAGGAAGCCGCCAACUUGUACCAGACGGGACCAUUGAUGUGAGUUAUAAUAGUAGUGUCUCUUUAAAGGCACGUGACGUAGUGCCUUCAUGAAUGAAACCACGUGAUCCAAACAUCAGUUGACGUCUGCGGUCUGAGCCCAGACGGAAACAAGCGAGGAAGGAGUGGAUCCGCCACACCUGACCUGCCACAAGAAGAAAACAUCUCCUCCAUCCGCCGCGAGAACAUCACCCGACGCCCGCCUUCCAAGGGCGCCGGGUUUCACUUCCGGUGAGUCAAAGUCCAAAUCCAAACUGAAAGCGUCCUCGAUCAGAGCGCUGAGUAAAAGCGUUUUUUGCUGAGUGUGCCGAGUGUUAUCCCGGUGUUGACGGGCGCCGAAUCGUGUUUAAAAGCCCGGGAAGUGCUGAAUCAUCACGACCCGGUCGGGACCGGCGGGUCUGCCUCUCGACCCAAGCGAGCGGCGACAAAGGAGGAGUCCGCUGGUGCUGGCAGGCUACUAAGCCAUGUGUCGGAAUUAGACGAGCGCUGGCAUGUUGACAGCAAAGGUCGUCUUUUGUGCUUCUUUUUGUGUCAAUGGCGUGUCUCCAAUAUGGCAGACUAUGCAAUAUAUAAUACAUGGAAAGAGUGAAAUGAGCUACAUGUAGCAAGUUAGCUGACAUAGGUACCAUGUUAAUGCCUUCUACUCUCCUUACUUGGAGUGACAGGAGUAAGAAAAACAAACCGUGGCGGUGAAGAACGGCGCUUGCCCGUCAGCAGCUAGCUUGAGAGAGACUCGCCGUGGAGAACCAUCAUUUACCCUUCUUUUUUGUUUUGACGUGUGUUUUGUGAGCCUUGUUGGGAAUGUUGAGCGAAUAACGAACGUCUGCUCGCUAGUGUGGAGUCCCGCUUGACUUAUCACAUCGCUGUUAUUUUAUCAACCUUAGCGAGAGGCGAGCCGAGGCAUGAGGGGGAGCCAUGGCAACAUGGAUGCAUGGCAACAUGGCACCGGCGGCGGGCGGGCCGGCGGAGACAAAAGGUCUGCUACUCAAGCGAGGACGGCGGAGGCUUUUAAACGAGUGCACCUCGUGGCGAUGGGGAAGCUGACACCUGCUGUCUUCAUUCGCGCGCUUCCACACAUGCUGACUUUGCAUAAUUUACGCAGCGCGAAGUGUAAGGAGAAGUACGCGACCAAUUCAAAUGCUAAGUGCACUGUAAGUGUAAAUUAUAGAAGCACGCGACCGCUCCAAAAGCUCAGUGUAAGUAUAGAAGUACGCGACCACUCCAAAUGGUAAGUGUACUGUAAGUGUAGAAGUGUGCGAACGCUCCAAAUGGUAAGUCUACUGUAAGUAUAGAAGUGCGCAAACGCUCCAAAUGGUAAGUGUACUGUAAGUAUAGAAGUGCGUGACCUCUCCAAAUGAUAAGUGUACUAUAAGUCUAUGUGUGUGACCGCUCCAAAUUCUAAGUGCACUAUAAAUAUAGAAGUAUGUGUACUAUAAGUCCAUACCGUGCGACCGCUCCAAAUGCUAAGUGCACUGUAAGUACAGAAGUGUGUGACCGCUCCAAAUGCUAAGUGUAAGUGCACAAAUUGUGACACUGCCACCCAACGGUAUGUGAUUGUUUGCUGUAUUUGAAAUGAAGGUUGGCGUUACGCUAAAUCCUUUGUAGAAAGUAUCUUCCCAUGCUUUACAUCAUCAAUUAAAACUCCUCGUAUUCAUUGAGAUGUGUACGUGAAUAAGACGUGUCUUUAAAGACAGCAUUCGUGAACUUCUGAUUGCAUGAGUGCUUGCAAGCGGAGUGCACUGCGAGUAUUAAGGAAUACUGAAGAAAAGAGAAAGUUCGCCCCCUAAUGACUCCAAAUCAGCAGCUUUACUUGGAGUCAGCACUCUGCUGAGUGUAUGAAAAAGUAUGUAGUAAGCAAGUUGGCAAGUACUGUAAUAGAGGGUCAUAAUGAUGAAAUAGUUGUAUCAGUGUUUGAGAGAGGAGUAGACCCCCUUUACUACACACACACACACACACACACACACACACACACACACACACACACAAGCUAGGGGCUAAGCUUUUUAUACUCUGUAUCAGUAUUUAAUCAGUGCUUGAAGUGCAUUUCUCUGUCAAGUACUUUCCCCAUCCUUCCCUGGUGUUCACAGUAAUUGAACGCUGACCAAUGCUUAUGCGUGCAACUUUGCUGAUGGUGGCGGAGCGACGGCAAAGCGCGCGGAGCAAGGGUGGGGGGGGGGGAUGAAGGAAGAAUGAGAGAUGGGAUUUGCGCAAAGAUUGAGAACAAGGACCUUUUUGUCUUCAAGGCACUCCCCUGAAAAUGCUGAGGCGAAGCAAACGCUCCCUCGCUUGACAGAUGGCGUUUUCACUCGCUACUUACCACAGCUAGUUUCUCUGCCGCUCGUGUGUGUGUGUGUGUGUGUGUGUGUGUGUGUGUGUGUGUGUGUAAGAGAGAAAGAGUCAAGCAAGAAAAAAACAUUUAAAUCUAGGUGAGCGUGUGAGUGUAAACACCAAGGUUAAAAUGCGGUGUGUGUGUGUGUGUUACGUGAGCGUGUGAUUUGCAGAAUGAUGGUGUAGGGGCCUGUCGGUGGCGAACGUGAAGGUCACGGUCUCCAGAGGGAUAUGUUGGAUUCCCUGCACGGCUCACCUCGAUAGAAGUGGGUGCCGGUGAAUAUUGUCACGCAUCCAGGGUUAUCAUAUUCUCUCUUGAACGGAUGGCAACCGGACUGUUCAGGUUGUCUGAGAAGACGUUUGGCCUCUCAUCAGCUCAUGUGCAAAGACUAGGUAGGACAGCUGUAGAGCAUGUGAGGGUAAAGCGGUGGAGCAGAUCGAUAGUUGAGCUCAAUGAUGAAAUAUGCUGUAAGCAGAUCUGAUGCAUAAUCAUCACUAUGCUCGCCGUUUGUUGCUUUAUGGUGUGUUUGAGUGUCAUCCCUGAGACGAGACAACAAUAUAAAGGGACUGGAAAAUAGCAAGGGUGGAUUGUAGGCCAUGUCCACACCAAUACGGGUAUUUGCGUUUCGGUCUCUCGUCCACAUGCAUACGUUUUUGUCCUUAAAUCUGACAUUUCCGGAAAACUCCAGCUUCAGUGUUUGUGUGUGGAUGGGUAAAACUGAGCUUUUUGGUUUGUAUAUAAAGAAAUAUGCAACAUUAUCUCAUAUUUUUAAAGGGUCCCUGACAUGAUUCAUCAACUUUGCUUGAAUAUGUUAUAUAUUGUGUGGAAUUAUUGUCUAUAUUGUUAGAUUUUUUUAUUUUUUUUUAGAAGCAAAUGGUAGAUUCGCAAAAGACAUUUGUAAUUGAUAGGUGCCGUCUAUGACGAGCUAGCUCUCACUGUUCAGUCUCAUUUCCGGACGUGACGUCAUCGGGGUGACACUUCUCAGCUAAAGCAGAGAAAACAAACGCUUCUCGAGGUAGAUGGGGAACUUGGUUCAGUAUAUUUUUCAUCCAAAUAGUAGUCAUGCCAAAAUGUUGUGUGGCUGCUGGAUGUUCAUAGCAUCCUAGUGAUACUGUGUUUGUUUUCUUUUCCACAAGAGGAAGGUUUAAGACAACAAUGGACCAAGCAAGUUCAGCGAACGAGAGACAGAUGGACGCCCACCUCGAGUUCUGUUCUUUGCAGUGAUCAUUUCACUGCUAUGAAGGAACACCUUUACAAGAAGCAUUUGGCUUGAAAGUAUGAUAUAAACACAUUUAAAAAAAAAAAAAAAAAAGGAUGCUAUUCCGCCGGUACACGGGGGGGAAAAAAAAAAAAAAGGACAAGAAGAACGACGUCCAAGUUGCCACAGAACAAAGUAAGUCAUGUCUUGUUAACAGAAUGUAUUCUAAACACUAUUCCAUGAUAGCGACAAGGCUGUCAAGCAGGGGUGCUCACACUUUUUUAGCCUGUGAGCUACUUUUAAAAUCACAAAGCCCCAAAGAUCGACAACCUACUAUAAAUGUAGAAAAUAUAUGUAUUUAUAAAAAAAUGAGUACAGUAUCAGUUAGUUUAUCCGUAAUCAGAAAAAUAAAGAUGAAAGUUGCAUCUUCCUGUGUAGCUUGAAACGCCACGGGGGAGCAAGAGCGAAUCAGGAGGGGGACCUUCAUGUCAGCUGACUGAUGUCAUAUGACAUCUACAAAGUGACGUUUACACGACCGACCCAAGCUACCGUAGCUCGCGAUGGACGUAAUGGUCACCCCUGCUGUAAAGCAUUGUACAUGUUAUUUCAGCAUCUUUUCACAGCCAUAUGUAUGUUUACUGUGGGGGGGCUGCCUGUGACGAAAUAUCAAAUAAAUCAGGCUAUAAAGACCCAUUUACGCUCAUUAAGAAGCCGAUUUAAAAGAAUAAUUGAAGGAUAAGCAACUCCAGAGUAAUUUACACUUACCAUUCUGUGUUUUGAAGGUGACCAAUCUUCAUCUCCAAGUCUUAAGGCUUAAGUCCAUGUUCUGCAAGUUCUCUAUUUCAUCUCCAAAUGUUUCUCCCUCCUCGAAAACUAUUUAUACAUGGCUCAAAUCUUGGCUAUAAUCACUGGAAACAUCCCCCGUCUCGUACACCACCAUGUUUGUUUACCUGAGUGAUAAUACUCUUGAUGGCGUCACUUCCAGGAAAUGAGACUGAACAGCGAGCGCUAGCUCAUCAUGGCUGGCGCCAUCAACUAUAACUGUCAUUUUUGCAAAUUUAAAGUUGGCUUUCCAAAAUUUAACAACGUAGAACAUAAUUACAAACAAUGCAUACCUUGUUGCCAAGCAAUUUCUCUUGUGGGUCAAUAAAGUCUGUCUAAGUCUAUAACAUAUUUAAGCCAUGUUGAAAAAUCAUGUCAUGGACCCUUUAACCUUAUUUAAUAGGGGUGUCCCUAUCCGAUAUUGACAUGAGAUAUCUGUUCGAUAUCAGCAAGUAUCAGAUUAUAUGAGUCCAUUCCCGACUCCACUGCGGUUGGUUUCAUUUGUGUGUGCGUGUGCCUUACUGUAUAACACGCACGGGUGAUUAAAUAAACAUUUAUGAUGUCUUUGUCAGGGUCGGGCUUGUGGCGUGGGCUCUGUGAGCAAACUACAAAUCUAUUUGGCUUGUUGGCUCAGUGUCGUGGGCGAGCGAAGCGAUGGUGGUUGAGGGGAGAAGGGCUGCGUUACAACAGUCAGUCCUAAUGAGCAGUGUUUUUAGAGGUGCACAUCUAUGGAGUUAUAUUUGUGCCUUCUUUUUGAGGUAGCAAAGGCUGAUUUUGAGCCACAACGUGCAAUAAUUGCUGUUGCGCGAGCAGGCACAUCGCUGCGCGCUGUCACUCUCUCUCCUUGAUGCUCCAUGCGUGAAAGCGAGGCGAGCCGGUGCACGUGUGUUUAAUGAUGUGAAACAUUUAAAGUGUGACAAACGCACAAAACAAUAAGAAAUCAGGAAGGGGGCAAACACUUUGUCACACCGCUGUACAUACUUGAGGGAAAAAACUGCAGUCUCAGCUUUGUGAUACAGGUGAAAAAGUCUAUUAUUAGUAUCAACUUCGGUCUGUCGCACCAUUUUUCUUUUGAAAUAAACUUGGUAAAUUUUCUUCCCGUAGUAUUAUGACUUUCUUCCUAUAGCAUUUUGACUUUAUUCCCAUAAUAUUAAAACUUUUUCCCCGACUUAAUAUUCCAAAAAUUACAACUUUGGUUUGUUGGUUUCUCAUGACGUUACGACUUAAAAAGACAAAGUUUUUUAGUUUUUUCUUUAAUAUUUCAACUCUCUGCUGCUAAAAUGAAUUUUUUUCAGAAUAUUGCGAGUUUAAUGUGGUAUAAUUAUGACUUUUUUUCUCAUUAGAUAAAAAAAAUUCUUCAUAUUUUGACUUCAUUCUUGUAAAAUUACAGCUGUUUUUUUCAAUUUUUGUUGUUUAUUUAAUUUUCCAACUGGGCUUCCAAUUGGGCUUUAUUCUUGUCAUAUUAUAACUUCUUCUGCAACCAAAUUUUGCAACUUUAUUUGUUGUUUUGAUGUUUCUCCUAAUAUUAUGACUUAAAAUUUUUGUAAUAUUUCAAUUUCAUGCUCCUAAAAUGUCAUUUUUCCUCAUGAUAUGACAGUUAUUCUCGUAAAAUAACGUUAUCUUCUUAGAUUACAACUUUUUUUCUUAAUAUUUUGUCUUUGUUCUUGUAAAAUUCAUUUUCUUAUAAUUAUGUCUUUAUUCCCAUCAUAUUUUGACUUUUUUCUUGUAACAUUAUAAUACAUUCUCGUAAAAUCACAGCUUUUUCUUGUUAGAUUACAGGUUUUUUUCCUUAUUAUUUUGACUUUAGUCUUGUAAAAUUACUGCUGAUUUUUCCAUUUUUGCUGUUUCUACCAGUUGCAUCAUCCCAAGCACUAACUUGCCGCAGUGUCUUACUGCAGUGUGACCAUAGCAGAGCUGUGCUUUGAACUCCUGAAGCUUGUUCAUGUGACAACAUGCACGGAUUGGAUGGAUGUCAAGAUAGGAAGACGUGUGUGUGUGUGUGUGUGUGUGUGUGUGUGUGCCAAAUGAAGCAUCGUCCCCUGUCAUUCAGAAACUCGUGUCCACUGGAAUCAUUCAUGUAGGUUUUUGGCACGUGUGCUUGUGAGGUGGUGUUAGGUUGGCAAUGAAUAGUUUGUUUUGGCAUUGAUGUUUCCCUGCUGCUUCUUGUCUUGUAAAUAAUAAACAUGACCAAAUAGACUAGUAGACCAAAUAGACCUCUGCCAAGGCCCAACGGUGAACAACAAGGGAAACUAAACGCGGUGGAACCUUGGUCAGCGUCGAAUCCACUCCAGAAGGUCCAACUCCAACCGAAACGUAAUCUAAGAUUUUCCCAUGAGAACUCAUGUACUGCAAAUCCAAUGAAUUCGUUGCAGAACGUCGAACACGUUUUUAGAGUUUUCCAAGUAGAACUGCUAGUUCAUUUUGAACAAGCUUACAAGUUACAUUGGAAUACAUCACACAGUGCAGUUCACAGUUCCACAUGAAAGUACGGUAUAAACACAUUUUGAAAAAGGGUGCUAUUCUGCCGGUACACAGGGGAAAAUAAAACAAGAAGAACGACGUCAAAGGUGCCACAGAACAGAGUCUGUUCAGAAGAACGAGGCUCCUGUGGCAUGACGACGACAAACAAAGGAAAUAAAGCCUUAAAGGUGAAGCGAGAGCCGGGGGAGAAUGGCACCAGCUUGACCGACGACGAGCUGGUGACCAUGUCGGUGCGUGAGCUCAACCAGCACCUCCGAGGGCUCUCCAAGGAGGAGAUCCUGCAACUGAAGCAGCGUCGGCGCACGCUGAAGAAUCGGGGCUACGCUGCCAGCUGCCGGGUAAAGCGAGUCACCCAGAAGGAAGAGCUGGAGAAGCAGAAGGCCCAGCUGCAACAAGAAGUAGACAAACUGGCCAAUGAGAAUGCUUCUAUGCGUCUGGAGCUGGACGCGCUCAGGUCCAAGUAUGAGGCCUUGCAGACCUUUGCCAGGACAGUGGCGAGGAGCCCCACCGUGGGGGUUGGCGUCAGGGCUGGAGGGGUAGCGUCGUCACUCAUCGGUCCACUUAUACCGGGAAAGGCAGCGACGGCGACAAGCGUGAUUACAAUCGUCAAGUCAAAAGCGGAUGCUCGCUCUUGAGAGGGGCUUGGUUGACUUAAAGGUGCACCAGGAUGGAAUACAGCUGCCUUUGCCACAUCUCCUCCAUUUGCACUGCACUCAUGGACAUACGUGAUUUACGUGCAGGUGAAGGAUCACAUGCAAGCAAGAGGACUUGUGCUCACGCAAGCAAGAAGACUCGUGCUCCUACAUGUCGAGGACUCAUAUUCAUGCAAGCAGGAGCACUCAUACUCAUGCAAGCAGGAGCACUCAUGCUCAAGCAUGCAUAAGACUCGUGCUCCUACAUGCAGAGGACUCAUAUUCAUGUAAGCAGGAGCACUCAUGCUCAAGCAUGCAGAGGACUCGUGCUCCUGCAUGCAGAGGACUUGUGCUCCUGCAUGCAGAGGACUUGUGCUCCUGCAUGCAGAUACUCAUGCAAGCAGGAGCACCCCUGCUCAUGCAAGCAAGAGGACUCGUGCUCCUACAUGCAGAGCAGCAGAGGACUUGUGCUCAUGCAAGCAAGAAGACUCGUGCUCCUACAUGCAGAUACUCUUGCAAGCAGGAGCACUCCUGCUCAUGCAUGCAGAGGACUCGUGCUCAUGCAUGCAGAGGACUCGUGCUCAUGCAUGCAGAGGACUCGUAGUCAUGCAAGCAGGAGCACUCAUGCUCAUGCAUGCAGAGGACCCGUGCUCUUACAAGCAAGAGGACUCGUGCUCAUGCUUGCAGAGCACUCGUGCUCGCUCUCUGACUACAGGAAAACCAGACAGAAUUGCUACUACUGCCAAUGAAACGUAUGUUUGAAAGGAUCAGGCAAUGCAGUUUCUGAUUGAAAUGAAAAGUUGUUGUCAUGACAACCCACUGGUCGCAUGCAGAAAGACGCACAAACGAUGGAAAUUUCAUUUUCAUUUGACAACACGUCCUGUGACCUGCUGAUUUCAGUGGCUGCAGACGAGUCCCCUCCUGCUGGUAGGUAUACAGUACCUACAGUAGAUAUAUAAAUACACUGUACAUAUACGACACAGCUGUGUUUUUACUGUUUUGUACCGUGUUGAGGUAGGAAACGUAUUCUGUGCGUGUGAAUUGUGAUACAGCGUAUGAGAAAUUGGUACAGUAUUGUUAUGUUAGUGGUAUUUUUCUACGUCUUCUGCUGCUUGUGUUGUAUGCCGGUUGGCAUCCGUGACUUUGUGCGUUGCCAGAUGAUGAUGAUGAUGAUGAUGAUGGAGCGAGCGGAAAAAGAACACAGGAACACUUGGGAGGGCGAGGCCUCCUCCCUGAAUAAGAAGUGAUGGGAGUACAGGUGGGAGUACUUCACUGCAUUGUUGCACGUGCUGUGCAGCAGCCAGCGUGAUGAACAACAACAAUUACCCGUUAAUGUGACUUGUGCAAACUUAUGUCCACGUGGGUCGGUCCAGGGUUCCACUGUGAUGACCCUCCGAUUUGAAUUGUUCCUUCAAAAUGUCACGUGAUCAGAGUCGCGACUGAGAGGACUCGAACACGAAGGGCCAGCUUUACGCGCUCAGAUUCCUUUCCCGUGGUGUUCUGUUGGCUGAGAAUGUGGUGGCGUGUAUUUUCUAAUUAGCUUUGCAUUGUUUGUAUGGACUCGUAACAGUUUGAUAUACACUAUCUGUCUAUUUUUUUGCAAUUGUACCAAAAGUGUCUUAACUACUGAUAGCUUUCUUCUUUCUCUAGUGACUAGACACGCGUGUGCGUGUGGCCGUGAAAUAGUGUGUCAAGUGACGAGGUAUCGCUAACUUUCACUGUGGUACAACCUUGAGUGAAUGAUGACAAAGACACGCUUUUGGGUUCUUGGUUUUUGUUUUUUUACAGCUUCAUUGUCACACAUUUGUGAUGCAAGCUUGUCCUGUGGUGCUUGGAAUGAUUCACCCCAAAAAACACUUUGAUGUUGUGUGUGUGUGUGUGCAGCUACGCUUAGCAUAUUUCCUAUAUUUUUGAAUAUACUGUAUAUGUCAGGGACGUUGUUAUUGUCUGUGGUGUUUUGUUUGCUGUGAUUGUUGCUUUACACGUUACGUGUAUUUAAAACGCAGACAAGCAGAAAUAUUUUUCUAUCCAUUUCAUUUGGAAAAAGUGCAAAUCGGGUGUUGGGAUUUUUUUUCUUCAGUGUCGAGCUACGACAGCGGUGUCCAAAGUGUGGCCGGGGGUGGGGACUUGCAGGCGGAAGAACAUUUCACAAGAAAACAAAAAGAAACACACACACACACAUUAAUAAAGUCAUAAAUUUAUGAGAAAAAAAGUGUAACAUUACGGGAAUGAAGUCAAAAUUAUGAUAAAAGCCAUACAUGUACGAGAAAUAAAUGUGUAAUAUUAUGAGAAUAAAGUUUAAAUUUAUGUGUAAAUUUAUGAGAAAGUCAUAAAUGUACGAGAAUAAAGUCAGACAUUUACAACAAUAAAACCAUAAAUGUACAAGGAUAAAAGUUGGAAAUUUACAAGAAUAAAGUUGUAAAUUUACGAGAAUAAAGAUGUAAAUUUAUGAGAAUAAAGUUGUAAAUGUACAAGAAAAAAGUCGUAAAUGUACGAGAAUAAAGUUGUAAAUUUCCCAGAAUAAAGAUGUAAAUUUAUGUGAAUAACAUCGUAAAUUUACGAAGGCCUAAAUGUCGAGAAUAAAAGUCGUAAAUUUACAACAAUAAAACCAUAAAUGUACGAGAAUAAAGUUGUAAAUUUACAAGAAAAAAAAUGUUAAUAUUAAGGAAAUAAAGUUGUACAUUUACGAGAAUAAAGUCGUAAAUUUACGGGAAUAAAGUCGUAAAUAUACGAGAAUAAAGUCGUAAAUAUACGAGAAUAAUGUCGGAAAUUUAUGAGAAUAAACUUGUAUAUUUAUGAGAAUACGGUUGUAUAUUUACGAGACAUAAAUGUGUAAUAUUACGAAAAUAAAGUCUUAAAUUUACGAGAAAGUCGUAAAUGUACGAGAAUAAAAGUCUUACACUUAGACAAUAAAGCCAUAAAUGUACGAGAAUAAAAGUUGUACAUUUAUGAGACUAAAGUUGUAAAUUUACAAGAAUAAAGCCAUAAAAUGACGAGAAUAACGUCGUAAAUUUGGGAGAAAAAAUGUGUAACAAUAUGAGAAAAGCCGUACAUUUAUGAGAAUGAAGUCCGAAAUUUAGGAGACGAAAAGCCGUAAAUUUAGGAGACGAAAAGGCCAAAUAUUAGGAGAAUAAAGUGUUAAUAUGAGGUGUGAUGGUGCCAUACGUGUCAGAGGGAAAAGAGAGCAAAGCUCUUCAGCAAGCUUUUAUUGAGAACGUGGCAGCAAAACAGAGCAGCUGAGCACAAACAGAUUAGCAUGGGUUAGCAUCAUCUCACUUCCGCCUUCCUUGCCCCGCCCCCUCCACAUGACCAAGGCCAGGAGGUCACAUAAGUCUCCCCUUUUCAUGGCUGUCUCCGGCAAUGCCUAUAACAUAACAUGAAGUUACAGUUUUAGUCUCUGAUAUUUUGUACUUUUUUUCCUCACAAAUGUAUGACUUUAUUCUCGUACUUUUACGACUUUUUUCUCGUAAUUUUACGACUUUUUUCACAUAAAUUUAUGAAAUUGUUCUGGUAAUAUUGCACCUUUUUUCUAGUACAUUUAUGAAGUUAUUCUGGUAAAUUUGCUACGUUCAUUCUCAUAAUAUUACAACUUUUUUCUCGGAAAUGUUCAGCUUUUUUUCCCUCAGAAAUUUCCAACCUUUUUUUGUCAAUUUACGACUUUAUUCUUGUAAAUUUACAACUUUAUUCUCAUCCUCAUGCAUGCGGAGGACUCGCUCACGCAUUUAUUCUGGUAAUAUUAGAACUUUUUUUCCUCGUACAUUUAUGACUUUAUUCUCGGAGAUUUACGACUUUUAUUCUCGUAAAUUUAGGACUUUAUUCUGGUAAUAUUACAACUAUUUUUCUCGGAAACGUUCAACUUUUUUUUCUGGGAAAUUUGCGACUUUAUUCUCUGAAAUGUCCAACUUUUUUUCUCGUAAAUGUAUUACUUUAUUCUUGUAAAUUUACGACUUUAUUCGCAGAAAUGUACAACUUUUUUUCUCGUAAAUGUAUUACUUUAUUCUUGUAAAUUUACGACUUUAUUCUCAGAAAUGUCCAACUUUUUUUUCGGUGAAUUUAUGACUUUCUCCUCGUAAAUUUACGAUUUUAUUCUCGUGAAUUUUCGACUUUUUUUCUCAUGAAUGUACGACUUUAUUCUUAUCAAAAUUUUAAAAAAUCCCAUAAGUUAAAAAAAAAAGACUGAAAAAAUGUAUUGACCUACAGUAUAUCUGGGGUGCCCUAACUUUUUCCACCGAGCACUGCCUACUGAAAAAGAAAGAAUACGGGGGCCGCUUUGAUUUAGUAAAGCAGCCCAUGUAGACAUGCUAAGUGUGAAACGGACGUAUGUGAAGGAAAAGCAGCCUCCGUUUGAUGCCUGGUGGUAUACAGUAGGUGACGAGGCGUAUUUUUGCUCAUUUUUGCAUGAUUUUUUUUUUUACUUUAUUCUUGUGAAUCUUGUUUUUGUAAUAUGGCUUUAAUCCACCAAAACUUGACUCUCAUGAUGUGAAAAAAAAAAUCGUUAUUGUUUCAAGUUUAUGCUUCUAAAAUCAUUUUUCCCUCCAAUAUCAUGACUUUAUUUUUGUACCAUUGUUUUCCUCGUAAGAUUACCACUUUUAUCUCUUGUUAUGAUAACUUUAACCUCCUCAUAUUUUGAUGUUACUCUCAUAAAAUUACUGCUCUUUUUAUCCGUAUUUACUUAGUUUUUAAUUUUAAUUUUAGGGGCAUUAAAGGGCCAUAAAACACACCAGCUGUGGGCUGCAAAGGCCCGGGGCCGCACUUUGGACACCCUGGCCUCUGUAAUGAUAUUUAUAUAGUAUUUGGAUCGUUAGGAAAUGUAUUCAUUGCUAUUUUCGUUUAAAAAAAAAACAAAGCAUAGUCAACUCAUGUGUUGACUUAUAGCAGUGGUGGGCAAACUGUGGCCCGUGGGCCACAUCAGGCCUGCCUCCAAAAUCCAUAUAGUCCUUCCACAAGGCAUGCUGGGUAGCUUGUGGUGCUCUCUCUCACAACAUUUCGUUGUGUUUGUCGCACUUUUGCUUGAUUGUAAAGUAACUUGAGGAGGUCCCCAGGGAAGCAAAAAAAGGAGGGACGUCCUCACACUCUUGAUAUCCAAUGUUUUAGAGUUCACAGUCCAUGUUGUUGUUGCCGCUGGGCUACCCGGCAUGCCUUGCGGGCACUUGUAAACAACAUCUCAAGCUAUCGUCCGGAUGUUGAGGUGUCUGCCGUGUUUUCAUGCGGAAUCACGCCAGCAAAAAAAAACUUGCAACCUCCCAUCGACGAGAGGAACUGAAGAAUUCUUUUCAUCCUUUAUAAAAAUUGUGUGGACUAUUUUGCCGUUUUUUUUUCGAGUUUUAUUCCCACGUUUUGACUCCACGUGUGUUUACCGCGUGUACGUUUCAAAGUGUCUGCAGGUUUUGUCAUGGUGGACUUCAAGUUGUAGACACGUGUUGAGUUUGUGUGACGACGGCGCAGAUAUUGUGUGUUUUGUACUUUUCCUGUAUGAAUUAUUGUACCGGCUGAAAAUGUGACAGUCUUUGUAAGUACUUAACUUCAAGUAAAUGAUUGCUUUUUGUAGAUACAAAGUGAUGAUGACCAGGUACUAGCAAUUAUGGGACUAACUGUGUUGUCAUCAGUCUAAUGUUUGUUUAAUUUAUUGAUGUAUAUAUGCUGUAUGUUUUGUCAAUAAACACUUUAUUUUGUAUAUGACCAAUAAACAUGCUUUAAAAUGUUUAUAUGCAC